GCUGCUUUGCUGGGCGGCCCGUCCCGCUCCUCCGCCCGGCCCGCGCAGGGAGGCGCCUCCGCGGAGCCGGAAGUCCGAGCUGCGCGGCGCUGCCUGGCUCGCCCUCCUCUCUUGGGGGGGACUCCGCCGAGCGGAAGGGCGCGCUCUCGCUCUCCCGCCGCCACGUCGAGAUGGGGCCGGGGCGCGUGCACGCGGCGGGUAGGAGCGGGCAGGGGGCAGGCGAGGGGGGGGGGCGAGGUUCAGGCUCAGGCCUCUGGGGGGGUGCUGGGGAAGGGCCCCCUUCUUCUUCCUGCAAGCCCAGCUGGGGCGCAGCGCCCGCCCCCGGGACUGGCACCGCGUCUCCCCGUGGCAAACGCCCCGCGGUGGGGCGAGGAGGGCAGGCUCUGCAAUCCCCUCUUUUAAUUCCCCCCUGCGCAGGGCAGCGCUGGCCUUUGAGAGUAAGAGACAACCCGGGAUAGCCUUAAGCUUUUUUCUGGGGGGACGCAUACCCCUAAACAUUUUGUGAAUCUAAGUUUGGACUCAUUGAGGAGCGGUGUUUCAAUAUGAGCAGGAAAAUGAGAGUACUUCUAAACAUUUUUUUUAAAAAGAAAAAAAGCACUGGCCUUAAGAGAGUUGUGUCUCACUGGUCGCCAGUCUGCCCUUUUAGCCAUAGCUGUCAACUUUCAGAUUUGAAAAUAAGGGAUCAGCAGCCUCUCCUGUCCCGGGACAGUCUACAGGAUAUCUAACAAUCCGGGAUAGCAGUGGGAAUAAGGGAAUUUCCCACAAAAAAAGGGAAGGUUGACAGCUAUGCUUUUAGCUAGCAACCAGGAUAAAGGUAAAGGGACCCCUGACCAUUAGGUCCAACCGUGACCGACUCUGGGGUUGCGGCGCUCAUCUCGCUUUAUUGGCCGAGGGAGCCGGCGUUUGUCCGCAGACAGCUUCUAGGUCAUGUGGCCAGCGUGACUAAGUUGCUUCUAGCGAACAAGAGCAGCGCACGGAAAUGCCGUUUACCUUCCCGCCGGAGCGGUACCUAUUUAUCUACUUGCACUAUGACGUGCUUUCGAAUUGCUAGGUUGGCUGGAGCAGGGACCGAGCAAUGGGAGCUCACCCUGUCGCGGGGAUUCGAACCACCGACCUUCUGAUCAGCAAGCCCUAGGCUCAGUGGUUUAACCCACAGCGCCACCUGCAUCCCAUAUAUCUUUUAAAAGCUUAGAAUAAUAGAAUUGUAGAGUUGGAAGGGACACAAGGGGUCAUCUAGUCCAACCCCCUGCAAUGCAGGAAUCACAUCUCAAGAAUCCCUGACAGAUGACUAUCCAAGCUCUGCUUAAAAACCUCCAAGGAAGAAGAGUCCACAACUUCCCAAGGAAGUCCAUUCCACUUCAUUCACUUUUAUGGGGGGGGGAGUAAAGGGUUCAAUAGAAUACAGUCUGGGGGGGGGUCCUCAACAUUAUACACUCCCCCCACCCCAGCUCAGCCUGCUCCUUCCUGCCUGGGCUCUGUCCCUUGGUCACACCAGAGUGUAAGGACAAGACUUGGCCAAUAUGUGCAACAAGGUGAAGUAGACAGUAGGAUUUGGGGGGGGGGGAUUUUAUCAACAGCCAGUUUGAACUUGCUGUGUGUGUCUAGCAGUGUGCUGGUUUUCAAAAUGCAGAUUUUCCCAUUCCUUUGCCGUUGGCAACCUCUGGUCUCUUUAAUUUGAGAGGCACCAGAAUUAUACCAGCAGAGGCUACUUUUCCUGUUAGAAGGCAGUAGCUUCCUCUGUCCCCAAGUCACAGGAAAAGUAGCCUCUGCUGGCAUAAUUCUGGUGCCUCACAAAUUAAAGAGACCUGAGUCAAGCUGUCUAGGGCACCAUCUGCAUGAGAACAUAGAGAGCGCCUGCUGCUGGGUCAGGGGGUUGCCUGAGGCCUCUCAGCACCCUUCACAAACUACAGCUCCUCGGAGUCUUUGGGGCAAGCCUUGACUGCUUAAAGUGGUUUGAUAUGGCUUUGAUCAGUAUUGUUCAGAUUUGGGACCAUCUCAGUCGUACUCAGGGACGCGGGUGGUGCUGUGGGUAAAACCUCAGCGCCUAGGACUUGCCGAUCGCAUGGUCGGCGGUUCGAAUCCCCACGGCGGGGUGAGCUCCCGUCGUUCGGUCCCAGCUCCUGCCCACCUAGCAGUUCGAAAGCACCCUUAAGGGCAAGUAGAUAAAUAGGUACUGCUUUAUAGCAGGAAGGUAAACGGCAUUUCCGUGUGCCUCUCUGGUGCUGGUUCGCCGGAGCAGCUUCGUCACGCUGGCCACGUGACCCGGAAGUGUCUGCGGACAGCGCUGGCUCCCGGCCUCUAGAGUGAGAUGAGCGCACAACCCUAGUCUGUCAACCCCCAGUCUGUCAAGACUGGCCCAUACGGGCAGGGGUACCUUUACCUUUACCUUUACCUUUACAGUCGUACUCAGCAAUUCUGGGAUUGAACUCAGGGCUUUUGCAUGCAAAGCUGAUGCUCUGCCGCUGAUCCAUGACUCCUUUUCUCCCUCUGGGGUGCAGCUGCCAUCCUCUUCAUCUUAUUUUUGCAGGCACUCAGCUGUCAGAGUCUCCUGCCAGCCAGAAGAGGCGCAGCAACAAGAAGGAGGAGCCUGGGCCCUCGACCCCCUGCAGCUGGACCAAGCGCCUCCUGGGCUUUGAAUGGGCCGAUCUUUCCAGCUGGCACCAUUUUGUCUGCUUACUUAACAGGCCGACUGACCCUGCGGCGCUGGGCAUCUUCCGCUUUCUCUUUGGUGAGUCCCUUGCCUUAAGAGUGCUGGCCCUGGGAGGCCGGUGUGGACUGGAGAGUGCUUGUAGGCACCUCAGAGUAUUGAGAUGCUUGAUAUCUGUAAGGAUAAAUCCUUUUGGCAUAGGUGUAGUUUAGGCAAGAUUCCAGGAUGCCAACUGCUUUCAGAAAGGUGCUGAUCUGUGCCCACAGCAGCAGCUUUCCACAACCUGGUGCUUCUGGGGUAUUUUUGGAUUACAACUCCCCUUAGCGAGUGGAGCACAGACUGCAUAUUUGCUAUCAGGAUGGGUUUAAGGUGCUCAGUUUGGUGUAUCAAGCCCUUGGUAGCCAGCCUGCUACUUGAAGGAGCACUUUUCCCCAUUGCUUGUCUUAAGGUGGAGAGGCAGUGCUGAUCGCUGAUGUAAUAUAGCAGGGCCUCCUUGGUAACAGCUCCCAGGAUAUGGAAUGCCCUCUCCUUGGAGACAGAUCUCCUUUCUGAUGCAUUCAACACUAGCCUAAAAUAAUAGGAAGAAGAACAGCGACAGCAGCAACAUCUGGAGGCCACUAGGCUGCAGAAAGCUGAUUUACAGUGUUCCAACAAUUUCAUACUGUAUCCGCAAAGCUCCAUCCCUCCAUGUGUGUUUAGGCUUGAGUCCCAGUUGACACCUGAGGUUCUGCUCCACGUUACCUUCAGCAGUAAAGCUCAAGAAACAGGGUCUUUGGGGUCAUGGUGCCACACAUGUGGCAUUCCUGUCCCAGUUGCUGCCUGUCUCUAGGAGCAAGGGAAACAUCUCAUCUGGAUCUUCAGAAAAGCUGCUGGAAGCCCCUGUUAUUGGCAAUCAUCAUUUUCUUUAACAGAAGUAGGAAAGCAAUUAUAACACUAACAGUACAACAUGAUAAAAUAAUAAUAAUAAUAAUAAUAGUAAUGAUAAUAAUAAUAAUAAUGAUAAUAAUAAUGAUAGUAUGGCAGGUUGAGAGGAGUUCCCUACCAGGACAGACUUUGCUCGUGUGCUCAAGACAUCAAUUCUAUAAAACAUAUUUUGCUGCACUGUGUGAAAUAUGAGCAAGCCAGGGCUGAACUGAUACUACCCUUGCUGGUACCUUUCCCAUGAAAAUCAGAGGCUCACUAUGUCAGGUUCCUAUUGGAAGACCGGACAAAUGCUAGAACAUUAGCAGUGGUGAAGUUUUUAUCGGUGGUUACAAGAACCAAUGAUCCCUAUCUUUAAGUCUGAACAAAAUGCUUGUUUAACCUGGAGGUAGGUUGUCUGAAUUGUGCAUUGCUUUGUAAUGAUUUGUUGGGUCUCUAGAACGUAAUAAAGAUUGAUUGAUUGAUUGAUAAUAAUAAUAAUAAACAUUACAGUGAAAGUACAGUUGCUUGAGAGAGCACUGCAGAACUAGGAGGAGAACAUGAUGCAUCUUACACAAUCUUAUUUGUGAACUAAGGGCCUCCAAAGGUUGAGGUGUGAGUCAGGAGAGUGGACUUGACUAUCUGCCUGACUAGCAAACACCAGAAGAGGCCACCAGAUACUGUCAAACCCCAAUCCCAUUGGAGCUGGGAUUGUUUCUUUGUGGGCCUUUCCUUUCCUUUUUGCUGUCAUAGAAAUUUAAAAAGGGUAUGUUGUUUCAUUCUCUGGUACCCUCUUGUCACAAGCCAUGCUGUUGGUCCUUUGAGGCUGAACGGGGAGAAUGAAAUACAGGUACCAAGCCUGGGGUGGGGAGGACAGGUGAGCAGGAGUGUGCAUUGGUCACUUUCUUGCAGUUGUCAGGAAUUGAUGCUGAAUUGACCCAGGCUGAAGACUCCACAUAUUCAGCCUCUGCAACAGCUGCAGGAAAUCUUGGAAGAAAAGGCACUUUCCUUUCCAAGGGAUGCUUCUGAGCACCUUGCCGCGAGUGCAGGAAACUCAUCUGAGCUUGCCCUUGGGCUGGCAGGCAUAAGAUAGUGCCCCCUGCUAGUCCACUCUGUGUUGCUUGGUCUUCCUGAUGCAUCUGAAGUUUGCCACAGUUGAAGCCAGGAAACUUGGCUAGAUUUAUUUGAUCCACCAAUGCUGAUGUUGUGCUGUUUGCUCAUCCUCAGUGCAUCAUUUGAUGUCCACUGCUUUCUCUGGAGCCUUUAAACUUGUGAGGAUCUUCAAUGCACCCUGUAUUAAGAUGUAAAUGCAUUAAGGCCUAGAAAGGGUGGUGGGUAGAGUUAAGAGAGAGCAUGGCCAUGUUGAGACCAGGAAUGGGUGUCAAGAGCCCAAAUUAGGUGGCUUUCCUCCUCUCCUCCCUCAUGCUGUGUUUGUGACCUUUUGGGAGAUGCUGGGUGCAGGAUUCAUGACUGUUUUUUCUCUGCAUGUGAUGGCUGCUGCUGCCCUCCUUUCAUACACUCUCUGCCAUAUCUCUUGCAGGAGGAAUGUCUGUUCCUACACGCCUCCUUCUUUACAAAGCUGCCCACAGGGCCUCCUUGCCAAACAAAAUAGAUGGGCUGGUUUUCCUGAGAGCUGUAGGGGAAAUAAUUUCAUGGCGGUUGCAAUCCAGUUCAGUGCCCAGGAUGUGGAGGAAUGCGCUGCUUUUUUAAGUUGUGGUGUUUCCCUCCUGUACUGGAGCCAGUUGGUUUUGGUGGCAGCUGCAGAGAUGCCACAUCCGUACCUGGCAGCAGCUUUGGGCUUCUCAUUUUGGGCCAGUGCUGCUGGCCUCUCUCUUAUCAGCAGUGAUAGGAGACUUUGGACCUGGCUAGGAGAGAUCAGGGUGUGAUCCCAUCGUGGGCUGCACUGGAUGGUUUGUCCUAAAAACCAACAAGGUGUGUGUGUGUGUGUGUGUGUGUGUGUGUGUGUACAGAAUGACUGACCUUUCCUUUGAAUCACUGCUGCUUUCAAUGAAAAAAAAUUCUACUCUGUGUUUUGAAACUCUCUCUGAGCCCCCUUCACUCUUCAUUUGUGGCGCACAUCUGACAGUUCCACCUGACCCUCAGCAUUUUCUGGAGUGGACUGCAGUAGCACAUAAUGUACCAAUGUGGUGUGCUGGUUAGAGUGUUGGACUAGGGUAAGGUAAAUGUAAAAGACCCCUGGAUGGUUAAGUCCAGUCAAAGGCAACUAUGGGGUGCGGCGCCCAUCUUGCUUUUCAGGCUGAGGGAGCCAGAGUUUGUCCACAGACAGCUUUCCGGGUCAUGUGGCCAUCAUAACUAAACCACUACUGGCGCACAGAGGACCGUGACGGAGGCCAGAGUGCACUGAAACGCUGUAAGAGCCAAGGGUUCAGAUCCUCACUGCAGGCCUGUUUCCUUCCAGUGUUUGACCCCAUUCCACCCCACAUCAUUCUUCUCUCUGGCCCUUGCUUAGGUUUGUUGAUGGCCUUGGACAUUCCCCAGGAGCGAGGCUUGAGCCAGCUGGACCACAAAUACCUGGAUGGGCUGAAGGUGUGCCGCUUCCCCCUCUUCAACUUCCUGGAGCCCCUUCCGCUGGACUGGAUGUACCUUGUCUACACAGUGAUGCUGCUGGGUAAGGACACUGGGAGAAGGCCAGGGAGGUGGGAUGGACCAGCCCUGCAGUGUUGGCUCCACCUUGUUUCCUGGGCUUUUGGGCCUUGUUGGGUUGAGUGCGGCUGCAGAAGGUGCUCUGGGGACCUGACCUUGCCUCCCUCGCUGCAACAGGUGCUUUGGGGAUCAUGCUGGGCUGUUUCUACCGCCUCAGCUGCCUGCUCUUCGUGGUGCCUUACUGGUAUGUCUUCCUGCUGGACAAAACAACAUGGAACAACCACUCCUACCUCUACGGCCUCCUGGGCUUCCAGCUCUUGUUCAUGAACGCAAACCGCUACUGGUAAGGGGUACCCCUUUGCUUUGCUUUCACCCAACAACCCUGAUGUCAGGUUUUGCAGUGCCUCCUCUUUGCUCACAACAUGCUUAUGCCGAGUAAACACCUUUCCCAGCAUUUCAAUUACACAAUUUCAGCUUGACAUUUGAACAGCUUGUGUCAGGAGUCAGGAGCAGGUCAGCAAUGAAAAAGCACCAGUGUCAGUGAAGUUAGCUCUUUAUUCCAGGAAACCAAAACAGUGCAGUGAUCACAGCAACUCUUCCCAGUAGGUCUUGCUACAUUUGUGGCCGUUGUGAGGACUGAAGGUCCCCGCAGCCUUCCCAGUGCCUCUCUAAGGCCCUUCUUCCCCCAGUUCCUUCCAGCAGCCUAAGGCUCCUUUGACUUGUCGCUCUUUGCUCCACCCUCUUCAUUUCUCUGUGUGUUCUGGGAGACCAGCAGGGAGGAGAGCUGGUCGCAGCAGGAGGGGGAGCUUCCUUGGCUUCUUCAGCAGCCUGCCUCCACUUCUGCCUAUUGACCCCCCUCUGCUUCUGCUUCUGCCACAGCCUCUUCCUGCUCACUAAAUCCUGUUACGUCUUCAGCUUCCAACGCAUCCUCCCAGUCUGCUCCCUCUUCUCCCUUCUGACCACUUGUCAUCAUUCCACCACCAGUCCUGGGGCUCUGAGCCUUGUUCCCCUGGGGGUUCCCCAGCUAGUACCUUCCACCCCCCCACCCCUGCCUCCAUUCAGUCCAAGACACUUGCAGGCUCUGGCAUGAGGUCCCUAGGAAGUCUCCAGCAGCUGGAGGAGGAACAUGAGCAGGCAUCUUACUUCCUUUAUCUCAUAAAAUUUAUAUGCCACUUGUUUGGAGAAAGAAACCUCAAAGCGGUUUACAAAAAAGAAUAAAACAGUGAAAUAAUUGGUAAAAAUAGUUAAAAACAGCUAUUCAAAACAUUUUAAAAAAGAAUUAAAAUAAAUGAUAAGCUGAAAACCAGAUUAAAACACCCGUCAGGCUUGCCAAACAAAAAUUGUGAAAAGUGUACAAUGAAUGAUGUCAACAGGCAGGGAGUUCCAAAGUGUGGGUGCUGCCACACUUACAAACUACAGUGGUACCUCGGGUUACAGACGCUUCAGGUUACAGACCCUGAAAUAGUACCUCGGGUUAAGGACUUUGCUUCAGGAUUAGAACAGAAAUCGUGCUCCAGCGGCAGCAGGAGGCCCCAUUAGCUAAAGUGGUGCUUCAGGUUAAGAACAGUUUCAGGUUAAGAACAGUUUCAGGUUAAGAACGGACCUCCAGAACAAAUUAAGUUCUUAACCCGAGGUACCACUGUAAAUGCAAGUCAUUGAUAUUUAACUCAUAAAUCUUGUGCAUGUUGACACCAGCAGAAGUUGGUCUUGCAUUGCAAGGCAUUGGCUACAUUUCACAUUAAACCACAGUUGAAAAUUAACUACAGUUUAAUGUGAACAAGUAACCUGCUGGCACACACUGUUCAAGGGCGUCUCCUUUGCUGCUUCCCAGCUCCUGCCUUUGCCUUAGGAGAAGCAAAGCCUGUGCCUUGGCUUAGUGUUAGGUGAAAACCUGACCUUAUUUCUCUCUGUGCAAACCAUACGUAGUAAUCCAGUAGCAACCCUUGGCUACCACUCAGGGCUUGCUUGGAGGGCAGCAAACUACAAAUCUGGAUUCAUAGGUAAUGGCCUGGAAUGUGCACCUUCACUGCGCUUAGUUUGCCUAUGACCAGCUCCAAACUGUGGCAAAGACAGAUUCCAGAUGCCGGCCUUCUGAAUGAGUCAGAAAGCCACUGGAGAAGUGACUGUGGCUUCUGGGUUUCAGAAAGAUUUUGUGGACCUCUUGCAAGAUCUUGCCAGAAACCGAAAGCUGCAGCUGUGUGACCCUAGCAAGCAAGGCUUCAGCGGAGGUGUGGGGUGUGGGAGGCAGUGGUGGGAGAGGCGGCAGCAGUUGACAAAAUUGGAUGGGCCACCCCUGACAGCACCACCUUUUUAAUAUGUCUGCGUUGCGGUGGGCUGAAAAUAAUAUUUCAGAAUUCUUAAGUGCCAUCACUCAGGAGAAGGCCUUAGGCAUCCAGAAUGCCUCUGGUACUGGCUAAGCUGAUUUGGACCCCCCCACCUUUGUCUCGAUUUAAAAUGGUCCGUGGGUAGCUUCUCAGUCCCACUGGAGGCUUCUAGGUAAUGCGUCUCUUUCCUUUAGGUCUAUUGAUGGCCUCUGGAAUCCGCAGAAGAGAAACGCGCAUGUUCCGUUGUGGAACUACACGCUGCUGCGCACACAGGUAAAGCGCUGCUGUUAUUUCCCCCUAGCCCCCACCCCAGUAUGCAGACUCCACUCAGUGUCUGCACUGAUGUGUCCUCUGGAAACUGUUGUAAACAAAAAUCUGCCCUUUUCCCCUUAUGGGGUAUCCAAGAGCCCAUACAGAGUCCUUACGUAGGUUGCCUAUUGGUAGGAGAAAAUAACAGAGGCCAAUCAGAGAAUAUUGAGAAGCAAAGCAGCUAGUAAGCCUGAUCUUUAUUGAUCUGUUGCAACAGGCUCCUCACUCACCACACACAGAAGGGAGGAGAGGAACCCAGAACAAUGGCGUGCAAGGCCUUAUAUAGACAUUUUAAAUUCCCUGCCCUGGAGCUCAAGACCACCCCUCCAUACAUCAUACGUCAUCACAGAAGGGGUGUAACCUAAGACCACCCCCCAGAUACAUCAUACCUACAUCACAGAAAAGGCGGUCUACAGCAGAAAUCUGAGUGUGUUGUUUAUCUCAUCUGACAGGUUACCUGUUUAAUGGUCACUUGAUUGGAUUGCCCGGGGAGCCUGGCCAGUCUUUUGUAAUGAUAAAUACUUAGUUCCUGAGCCAGGUCACAGGCUCACACCCUAUUCAUAUCUUAAAUGUGCCCUUCAGACAGGAUUUGUGAGGAAAGAGACAAUGGGGAGGUUUCCCACUUUGACCUUGCAGAGAAAACAUUUGGUCAGUUUGGGAAUCAAAAAUGGUUUCAGGUCGGUCUUCCUGUGCUGAUCUAUGUACGUGCUUGGUUGGUACACUUAUGAACAUUUAACAUAUAUCUAAGACCUCAAAAUUCCUAUCACAAAACAAAGCAGCCUCUAUGUAGAUGGAUGAGCCAGGACCCCCCACCCCCACAGAAGCAGCAUGGGCUCAGCAUUGACACUGUUGGGCUGUGACUUUCCAGGUUUGCAGGCCAGAGUCUUUCCCAGCCCUACCUGGGGAUGCCAGGAAUUGAACCUGGGAUCUUUUGCGUGCAAAGUGUGUGCUCUGCUGCUGAGCAAGAGCUCACCCCCUUCAUUGGGGGAUAUGUAGCGAGGUCCUUUCCUCACCUCGAAGGUAGUUUGGAGAUGGGCAACCCCUUUGCUCCUGCCUGAUGUCUUGUGGCCCUUGCCUGACUAGUUUGCUUCAGAAUCUAACUCACAGAUUCUUGGCCUUGUUCCCGAGCAGAUCUUCAUUGUGUACUUCAUUGCGGGCAUCAAGAAACUGGAUGCGGAUUGGGUCGAAGGCUACUCCAUGAGCUCCCUUGCUCACCACUGGCUUUUCAGCCCCUUCAGGUGAGGAGGAAAGGGAGGGAGGGAGGCGGAAGCAGUGAAGGAGGAGAAAGGUCAAGGAAUCACACAGGUAGAAGGUUCCAGCCGCUCCCUUCUGCAUCCUAGAUUUGGGAGGAUGGAAUUCCCAUGAAGGGUCUGGCUUUAGCUAGGGAUAAUACUUACUAGUUUUCAAUUACAAUCCAAUAAUAACUGCAUUAUAACAAUACCAAUUUAUAAUACAAUUAUUAAUACCAAUUGUUCAAAUACCAAAUUAUAUAAUUUAGAUAAAGUGGCCCCCUGUGUGCUAGAUUUGAUGAAUUGAUUAUUUGCUUUAUUUCUGCGUUCCAGAAUCGUAUUAAUUUCCAGUCAUAAUGAUAAUCCCUUAUACAACAACUGCAAUAUUAAAAACUUCUAUUCGUGUUGACACAUUAAAUGAUUUAUAAAGCUACAAGUGAGGAACUCAAAUUAGAUUCUUGUUCUUCCUGUGUGUGGCAGUUAUUCUGUCUGUGGUGUUUCUUCCUGUCCUUGUAAGAUGUUAUGUCUUUCUUUCCCCCGGUUGUUGCUGUUAUCCAUCAUGCCUUGGGCGGAGCUGAUAUCCCAUUGUUCCAGAAAUUUCUCCAUCACUCCGUCCUGUGCUUCGCUGUUUUGCAACUUUUGCAACAGCUGCAAAAGUCACUGUGUCCCAAUAAAUAACCUGUUUUCACCAUUUCCCCUCUCAGUCUGGGAAGAAGAGCGGUCUGUUGAAUUGCAGAUGACUCAGUAAAGAACCUUAUCAGUUCCUUCGCAGUUCACAGACGCCUUUCAUCCUUCCUUCCAACUGAAGAUAUAUGAUAUAUACUUCCAAUUAAAUUAAAUUCCAAGUCCUCUUAGCAUUAUUCAGUUCACUCUGCAAAUAAUAAAGGAUAGGGAAGAGUCGGCUCUAAGUUUCUAUCAUUAAGCCUUUUGCAAAAUAGAGCUUCCCUCCCUUUCUCCUUUUUUUACACACACAGUUCCAUUUGAUACUAUAUUCCAUAUUUAUAAUCCAAUUCUUUCAUUCUCGCUUGUACAAAUAUAAUUUGAACUAAAAUUCAGAGGAGAGUUGCCGAAUCAUAAAUGCAGAGAAUAAAACUUUAAACAAACCAUAGGCUCCACUCUCUGCCCACCGUCUUUUUCACCAAAUGAAGUCUUAUCUUCAGUUUUGUUCUGCAUUUUGGGAUCUCAUCUCUUCUAGCACGCGCCUGUACUUUAGUCCAAUUAAGCUCCAACUAACAGGAGAACCUCUGCUUCUUAAUGGCGGCAUUGGAGGGUUUCUGGUGGGCAAAAUGUUUUUGCACUCAGCUCCUCCCUGCCCCCCCCCCCCCGCAUUCCAUGCCAGAGCAAGGAGAUGAACUGCGAGUGAAGCCCCUUCCCCCUGUCCCUGGGGGGGAAUUUGCAAGGAUAAUUACCCUCAAUCAUCCUUGUUUUUCCUUCUCUCUCUGUCAUGGAGUCUGGCUCCAUUAAGGCAGAGCAGAACCAGAAGCCACCGUUCGGUCCACAUUUUGAAGUGAGCUGACCUCCCACCACUUCGAUGAAUACAUGGAUUGGAAUAUGAUUAUCCUUUGGACAUGACCAAAUUUUGUGAUACAGUUCCUGGCGCAAAGAAGUGUGUGUGUGUGUGUGUGUGUGUGUGUGUGUGUGUGUGUGUGUGUGUAUAUAUAUAUGUAUAUAUGCAUAUAUAUAUAUAUAUAUAUAUAUAUAUAUAUAUAUAUUUGCAGAUUUAAAACUAAAAUAAAUUUAGAAAUGCAUUUGUGAUAAAAUGCAUAUCUAAGUUUACAGUAUGAUUUUGUCUUACAUGGGGGUUCAGUUCCAAAGGUUCUGCAUUUACAUGAAAACUGCAUAUACCCAAACCCUUGGAACUGCCCUGCGGCUAGUGAGUGAGGGUGGGAAUCUGCAUGGGCUUUUUCUAAAAAAGAAGAGACUUGUGAAUUAUCACAUAGAAAUUGACAUUGCUGUGCAUCCCUAGUCCUGAGCAUAGGCUGUUCACCUCCACCCACCACUUCUCAGUUAUGCUGUGUCUUCUAUCUCAGGUUGGUGCUUUCAGAGGAGAUGACCAGCCUGCUGGUAGUGCAUGGUGGGGGUCUCAUGCUGGACUUGACCGCUGGCUACCUGUUGUUUUUUGACGCCACCCGACCCAUUGCACUUGUCUUUGUCUCCUACUUUCACUGCAUGAACUCCCAGCUCUUCAGCAUUGGUAAGUUCUCCAGAUGUCCAAACAACUCUCUUCUUCGCAAGAGGGUCAGGAGCCCUUAACUCCUGCCUUGUUUGGCUUUGGCCGCUAACCACGCUCCUGCUUGCCUGCGGGGUGAGUAAAAAUCCCUUUUAGGUAACCAGGAAAACAAGUUUUUUUGGCUGUUUGGGGAAAAAUGUGGGUGGUUCCUCACACCACCCCCCUUCAUAGUAUUAACAGGCUGCAAAUUGCUAACAUAGGUUCAUGCAGAGAGGGAAAAAAUCCCCAAUUUUUUUUGGGGGGGGGAGAGGCUUUUGCAGACACUUGCAAGCCUAUGUUAAUGCCAUUUGGGGUAGUUUGUGUGACAAACUUGGUAAUAAAACUUCCUCCUCGUCUUUGUUUUUGCAAGGUGGUGGGUGGGAGAUGGCAAUUGUACAUAACCUUAGCAUUGGCCUGGUAUUGCAAACAUCUCCUUCUCUGGCCUCCCUGUCCCAAUCCACAGAAGUCCAAUUUCCUGGCAUUUUUUUCUUGCCCACAGGUAUGUUCUCCUACACCAUGUUGGCCACCAGCCCCCUUUUCUGCUACCCAGACUGGCCACGCCACCUGAUUGCCAAGUUCCCGGCCUGCUUCCAAAGGCUCCUGCCCCUUUCAGAGGCUCCACAGCCCAGCCAGGAGUGUGUGUAUGGAGGAGCAGGGCAGCAGAGGUUAGGCAGAGGAGCCCAGAAGCUGGGGUUGCGGCAGAAACUGGGGGCCAUCUUCACAGUGCUGUAUGUGCUGGAGCAGCUAUUCCUGCCCUACUCCCACUUCAUCACCCAGGUGAGACAGGCCUGCUUGGCAGAAGCAGGCAACAUGGUGGUGCCAUGGAUAGCGUUGCGUUAAUUGUGUUAAUUCACAAAGCCCUAAACAACAUUAGUCAGACCCCACCUGGAGUCCUGGAAAAAUUUCUGGGCACCCCAGUUUAAGAUGGAUAUUGACAAGCUGAAAUGUGAUCAAACUGGGUGAAUGAGGAAGUAAAGGGUCUGGCAACCAAGCCUUAUGAGGAAGAACGGGGAUGUUUAGCUGAGGAGACUAAGAGGUGAUGAGAUAUCCAUCUUGAAAUAUAUAAAGGGCUGUCACUAGGAAGAUGGAGCAAGUUUACUCCUGCUCUGGAGGGUAUUGUGGGGUGUUUCUUAACUCUUGCAGACGUGCAUAUAUAUAUGGGUCUUGGAGCAAAAGGUGCUGGAUGUUGUCAUUGGACAGACGAGAUUUUCCUUGACGUGGGUCCUCUGGGAAGCAGAAGAUGACGGAUCUGGGCUAACAAAGUGGGAGGGACUGAGGAGGCCCCACCUGAGCCAGCGCAGUUCUUCCCAUGAUGCAUUUCUUUCCCAGCAUUCCUGCAAGUUUGAGAGUUUCCCUGGUCCAGAUCUACAUUGAAAUAUAUUGGUGCAGGAUAGUAACGGCAGAAUCUUAAUCAGGAUUGUGAGGUGAAAUAUCUGGUUGCUGGUAGCUUUUAGUCAGAAAAUAAUAGUCCGAAGUGGCAGCUCAGUGCAUUGUCCAUGACUGUCAGGCUGGGAGGGUGAAGGAAGAGGGAAAACAAGAUCCUUUCUGGGAAAAGUCACCAGAUUUCCCCUCAACUCCUUGUGCAGGGCUAUAACAACUGGACAAAUGGACUCUAUGGCUACUCGUGGGACAUGAUGGUCCACGCACGCUCCCACCAGCAUGUGAAGAUUACGUACCGUGAUGGUCUCACUGGGGAGGUUGGCUACCUCAACCCUGGGGUCAGUGUUUCUUCCUUUUCAUUUGCAAGGGGGCAGGGGCAGCUUUGGGCUACUUUACUUGGGCUGCUUCCCACAUGGCAAACUGCAAAUCAAAUAAUAGAAUUGUAGAGUUGGAAGGGACCCUGAGGAUCAUUUAGUCUGCAAAGCAGGAAUACACAGCUGUCCCAUACAGAGAUUGGACAUAGGGAUACAUUGCAUGUCAGGACAGAGGCGCCAGCUUGCGAGGGCGAUAGAGGGCGGGUGGGCAACAUUGCAUGUGUGACAUCCUAAUGUUGGGAGGAGCUGGGGGCUGAGCCAAACACACGACUUCAAUGGCUGGCAUCUCCUCCUCUUGGCGCCACCACCAGCAGGGGCAGCUUUGACCCUCCUGCCCCUCUGUGGAGGAGAAGGAGGAGGAGGAGGAGGCCACUGGAGCUGUGCUGUGCUCGACUCCACACUUCACCUCCAUGCAUUUAGAACAUUGGGGGGCCCAGCCCCAAAAUAUGGGGAGGGGCAAAAGAAUUGAGCCCACAAGAGCUGGUGCCCCUGGUCGGUUACAUGGUUGUAUUCAGACCACUGUACCUGUGUCAGUUUUAACUGCAGGAGUGUGAUGUUUGUCAAGGCUGCCUGCUAUGUGUCUCAUAAAAUAAGCCCAUGCCAUGUGUGACAGAUAUGUAGGGAAGUGUUCAUAUGCUGUGUAUUGCAAGUUGCUUUGAGUUAACUUUAUGCAAAACAAGAAAAGGGGGAAACAUGCAGGGCAUAUCCUGUGCCGUGGUGCAAAGCUCCGCCGCCCCCCCCCCCAUUUCCCAGAGUUGUUGACCUUUUUUAAGGGGGGACAGUGCUGCCGGCAGGGCUGGAGGAGGCAGGCAGCGGCUGGAGGGUGGGGAAGAGGCGGAGGCUGGACGUGGCGGCUCCCGGCUCAGCUGGCCGCUUCGUGCCGCGGUGGCCACGGCAGAUGGAAGCUCCAGGCAUGGUGCGGCAUGGCGGAGGCAGGCAAGGGCGGCAACUGAUGCCGGGAGGCACCACGUCCAGCCUCCGCCUCUUCCCUGGCACCCUCCAGAACUUGGCACCCUGGCGUCCCGCGACACCAGGCUCUAUGGGAACAUGACUAAUUAGUGCAAGUAAUAAUCAUAAUUGGGAGGAUCACUGCACAGCCCACCCACUUCAAAGUGGUUUCCUGAGGAUCUCAGGAGAUGGGAAACCUCCAAAUGAUACUUAAAAAUAAUUACUUGUUGAUAUUUGUGGGUUUUCUGCCAUAUUUAUAUAUACACACAAAAAUACAAGCUGUUUCGUAGACCAAGAUGCAUCAAUCUGGGAUGCCUAACUUUCUUUUGGAAUAAAAAUCCAGCUUUUAGAGAAAAUAAUAAUAAUAAUAAUUAAUAAUGCCCAUCUGACUGGGUUGCCGCAGCCACUCUGAGUGUUUCAUCAACCUCAGCUCUGGGAAAACUACGGAGUCAUCUGAGCUUCAUCCAAUUGGAGUGGGCGCUUUGGAGCCAGACAGUCGAUAGCCCUAGUUAACCCCAUAUUCCAGCGUGCCACCAGGGAAUCGGCUGAGAGGCCAUCAGAAAGGGAUAAUGCAUCUCCUUUGGAAGCUGUUUGGAUCAAUUAAGUGUCAGGGGCAGACCAUUUGAAUCGGUCCCACCUCCCUGCGGAUGGGAAGGGUUGCGGAGAAGUCCAGUUGCACCAGGAAGUGAUCUGACCAUGGCACUUCUUUUGUUCCACUGAAACUUAAUGUCAGAUCACCCACAGAGGUAAACACCAGAUCUAAGGUGUGUUCAUGGCUAAGAAUAGGUGGCCAUAUUUAUUCAGAGACAGCUCAGUGGAGACCAUGCUUUCCAUGAAGUCCCAAGCAGCCCCUUGUCAGGCCAUGUCAGCAUGGAUGUUAAAAUCAACCAGGACCACCAAGCCAGGUGUCUCCAGGAGAACACCCAACAUGACCUGAAGCAGUUUGGGCAAGGAAUUCUUGGUGCAGCAGGGAGGUCAAUACACCAAAAGGAAUCCUGUACUGCCCCUAUUGCCCAACUUCCAGAACAUGCACUCAGAAAACUGUGUCUCCCUAAUAGGAUGCCCGGUGAAAACUAAAGACUUUCUAAAAAUCAUUGCACCCACCUCCUUCCCCACCCACAUGAUAUGGGUUGCUGUGUGUAAGAGAAACCUGGUGGAUAAGCAGUAGCAGAAACAGGCUCAUCUACCUUGUCCAAGCAAAUCUCUGUUAUAACAUGCUAGGUCAAUUCCUCCAUCAAAUCAUGGAUGGCAGCGGUCUUCUGAAUCAUUGACCUGGCAUUGCACAGUGUCUUGUGGGACACCUGUAGCCUUCUUGUCAGGGCCAGACCUGGAGGCAGGGAUAGUCUUCAAACAACCACUAAACCUUUCUCCAUAAUGAUGUGGUCUGGUCCAAAUUCAGCAGCUGGAACAAAUAAUACAUCUAAAGUGCAGAGAGGUGAAUUUGCAUGAGCUGCAUAAUCUUUGGAAUCUUCACUUUCUAGCUGUAGAACUGUUGGGAUUUUGGGUGCUGAUUGCUAGACCUUGCUGCUCUUAUGGCAGCAAGUCUGUCCUCCUGCCCUCCCAUUCUCCUCUUCCCUGCACACCCCCACCAGCCCACCACCCUUCCUGUGUCCCAGCUGAGACUUGCAUGUGUUAGGGCAGGUCUUCACCCAGAGUCGACGCUGGAGGGACCACGCAGACAUGGUGAAGCAGUAUGCCACCUGUCUCAGUCAGCUGCUGCACAACUAUAACAUUUCGGAGCCGGAGAUCUACUUUGAUAUUUGGGUCUCGAUCAACGAUCGCUUCCAGCAGAGGUGAGUAGGCUGUUCCAGUGACUGAAAUGCCCUUGAGACUGCUGCUUGCAAUAACAGUAAAGCAAAAUUGGGGAGCUUCCAGCCCACAGGCCCAAUCAGGUUCCUUGGUCUUCCCCAACUGGCCAGCAGGCUGCUUUGGCCUGGCCAUGCCAGCUGUGUGGCUGGUAAAGACGUGGCUGUGCCAAAACCGGGGCUGCCAGGCACUUCCUGUCAUUAAUCAAAGGCACCUGCAACUGUACAUCAGCUGAUCACUGGGGCUUUCAAAGCACAGCGCCUUUGCCUGGAUGGUUUGAUUUCAAAACAGGUAAGGAGAAGCAGGUCACUUGAUGUCAUUGUGACAUUGGGUGAUCAGCAGGCGGACUGUCUCUUCACCUGUCAUACUUGGCCCAUGGGAGGUGGGGAGGGGGAAUUCCCUACCCCUUCAGUAGGGAAUUAUACAAGCUGCACUAACAAUUCCAGUAAAAUUGGAGUGCUAUACAAGUGUUGAGGGAUGGGGCAGCUGUUGGGGAGGGUGGGGGUGGAAAUUAGGAUGUUGCUUGCCAUCAUGCAGUUCCUUCGUAAUGUCACUGACUUUGGGAAGACACUGGAUAGAACACUGAAGAACCGCCUGUCCUUAAAUGAGUAAGCCUCUCAUAAACUCAAGCUGAGCCCAUCCUUGCAAAGGAAUUGAGUGCAUGGAAGGAAUGACAGCCAUAUUGGAUCGGAGGAACACAGCCAUGCAGGCAGAGCCCUCUUCCUUGCUAGUUAUAUUGACUUGACAAUGGCCGGGGUCCCUCUGAUUUGGGUAUCUUCACUUUGCCCAUGUCACUCCCCUCCUUAGACUCUUUGAUCCACAUGUGGACAUUGUGAAGGCUGAGUGGUCCCCUUUCCAAAAGACGACAUGGGUGAAGCCUCUGCUGGUUGACCUGUCACCCUGGCGGACAAAACUACAGGAGAUUGAGGACACCCUGGACAACCAAACCGAGGUGGUCUUCAUUGCAGACUUCCCAGGUACGUCUGUGCUGUUUGCCUUCUCCUGGAAACUGUAUCCCUGUUUAAGCCAAGUCUACUCAGUACUCUUUGGCAUGUUGCCUUUUGCCUGUGUGAGCAAGUUGCCUGAGUCGCUUUUAACUGCCUGUGUAGGGAAGCCAUUUCAAGAGACUGGUGAAUCCUCACCUGGGGGUGGUCUUGGGGUGUCAGAGCAGCCGUGGUCUUGGGGCUGCUCCUAGGCGCUCUGUUGCAUUCCAGCUGCUCAUCUCCCAGUUGUCCCCCAUGGCAGGCCUGCAUCUGGAAAACUUUGUCAGUGAGGACCUUGGCAACACUAGCCUUCACUUGCUGAAAGGGGAAGUUGCAGUGGAGAUUGUCAGCACGCAGAAGAACCACACGCUGCAGGAAGGAGACAGGAUACAGGUGAGGGGGAAGAGAAGCUGAGAGGCGAUAUGAUAGCCACUUUCAAAUAUCUGAAGGGCUGUCCCAUGGAAGAUGGAGCAAGCUUGUUUUCUGCUGCUCCAGAAGGGCUUCAAGUUACAAGAAAGGAUAUGCCGACUAAACAUUAGGAAUGGCUUUCUGACCGUUUAACUGUGGAACAGAGUACCUGAGAAGGUGGUGGACGCUCCUUCCUUGGAGGUUUUUAAGCAGAGCUUGGAGGACCAUCUGUCAGGGAUUCUUUAGCUGUGAUUCCUGCCUUGCAGGGGGUUGGACUAGAUGGUCCCUGGAGUACCUUCCAACUUUACAAUUCUAUGGUUCUGUGAGGGCCAAGCUGAGCCUUCACAAUUGGAGAGCAGGGGAAGGGAAGCCUUUUCCAGCCGCGUCCAGGACCACCAGUGAUCCUGAUGCUCUGCCCCAAAGCACAAAGGAAAGGCAAUGGGCAUCUAACCACCUCUCGACCACCUCACAUCCCCCGAGCCCACUGAAGUAUUGGAACCUUCACCCCAUGCGCAAUACUUGCAUGCACUGCUGAAAGGCCAAGGCUUCAUGGUCAGGCACAUGCUUUGCAUGCAGCAGGUCAAAGGUCCAGUUGCCCAGUAUCAUCUCAAACAGCAGCAGGGCUGGGAAAGACCUCUGCGCUCCUGUGACCCAGGAGAGCCACUGCCAAUCGAGGGAGCAGCACUGGCUCAGAUGGACCACUGCUCUGUCAUUUAUACCACAUUAAGGGCUUGUCCACACUUCCACUUGUCCUGUGCCUAGAAAGGAUGGGUCUGAGUGGUCUUCUGCUUAACUGAAUGCUUUCUAGGUAUAGGCCUGAACACUUUCCAUGGGAAAAGCCUCUCUUGAGAGUUAAAUCAGUCAAUGACCACACUAAACUGCUGCUAUAUCAUAAAAAGCUGACUAUCUCAACUUCAAUAUAGCCCAUUUUCUCUUUUGAACUGAAUAUGGCCCCUCUUGUGCCUUGUGAGAACUCAGAAUCACAAAUACAAACAAACCAUGACCAAAGGAAAUAGUUUUGAAAGUAGUAGGAGCAGAAAAACUUUACAAAGCAAUAAAGGUGUUUUGCUCUAGGCUCUCGCCUGGUCAGUCAUAAACAGGCAGUCAACAUGCUUGGAGGAACCUGCUCCAGCCCUCCUCUGCCUCAUAGCACCCCCACCCCAGUAAUGGGGAGUACUGCCCAUUUUGGGAACCCCUGCUGUGGAUGGUGGGGCCCAAGCAAAAUGAGGCCAGGGCCCUGUGUUGAUAUUCCAACUUUGCUCUCUUCCUCUUGGACACAGCUGCCGCCGGGGAAAUACCACAAAGUCUUCACAGUGUCCCAGGAACCGUCCUGUUACAUGUACAUGUACGUCAACACCACAGAGGCAGCUCUUGAGCAGAACUUCACUCGGCUGCAGGAGUUGCGGGAGAAGGUGCAGAAUGGGACAGGUAAGGCUGAGCAGUGGUUGGGGGGGGGGCAAAUGAACUGGGGGCCUCAGAAGGUCUUCCGGCUGCACCACCGGCUGCAGGGCCCCAGCCUCUGCUGACACAGUCCUCCUCUAUUUCACGCCUGCUGCUGGGACAGGCCAAGGACUGGCCUUGGGCUCUUCAGUCCCAAGCGGAAAGUUCAAGGGGCCUUCAGGUGCUUUCAGAAGAAAUCAUGAAAACCUCCUGGUUUCUUCCAUCCAGUCCAGCAUCCUGUUCUCACAGGGCACAGCCAGAUGUCUGAAGCAGAAUUCCACAAGCAGGGCAGGAGUGUAGUAGCCUCUCUCACCUGCUCCCAAACUCACACAAACUGCCUCUGAGGUGAAACAUAGACAUUGUGGCUAAUAGCCAUUGCAAGCCUUAAAGGUAAAGGUAAAGGGACCCCUGACCAUUAGGUCCAGUCGUGGCCGACUCUGGGGUUGUGGCGCUCAUCUUGCUUUAUUGGCUGAGGGAGCCGGCGUACAGCUUCCGGGUCAUGUGGCCAGCAUGACUAAGCCGCUUCUGGCAAACCAGAGCAGCGCACGGAAACGCUGUUUACCUUCCCUCCAGAUUGGUACCUAUUUAUCUACUUGCACUUUGACGUACUUUCAAACUGCUAGGUUGGCAGGAGCAGGGGCCGAGCAACGGAAGCUCACCCUGUCGCGGGGAUUCGAACCGCUGACCUUCUGAUCAGCAAGUCCUAGGCUCUGUGGUUUAACCCGCAGAGCCACCCACAUCCUCCAUCAAUUUCUCUAAUCCUCUUUUAAAGUUUGUGGACAUCACUGCCACUAGUGGGAGUGAGUUCCAUUGUUUGACUCUGUGCUGGGUGAAGAACUCCUUUAAUCUGUCCUGAGUCUUCCCACAUUCAGCUUCACUGAAUAACCCUGAGUUUUAGUAUGAUAAAACUCCCUGUCCACUUUCUCCACACCAGAGAUAAUUUUAUACAACCUGCCAUGUCUCUCCCUCUCUCUCUCAUCUCCCCUCCCUGCCAAGUCCCAAUUUUUUCUAAACAAAAAAAGUCCCAAACACUGCAGUUUUUCCUUGAAGAGGAAUUACUCCAUGCCCGUGAUCAUUUUGCUUUCCUUUUUCUGAAACAAUGUCCUUUUUUGAGGUCCAGCACCUGAAACCACAUAGAGAGUAUCCCAAGUGCAAUCGCACCAGAGGUUUACACGAUAGCUUUAUUUCAUUUUCAAGCGACUCUCAGUCUUCUGAUACUAAAUCCUGAUAUUGCCCCCCACCCCCAGAAACGGAGCCCCUCCCUCCGGAGCUACAGCCCAUCUUGGACAGCUCCAUGGAAAACGUGACGCAGGUGGACCCUGUCGUGGAGGCCUUUCUCCGCCGCCAGUGGCGCAUGGAGGAGCUGCAGAAGCGCCGCAAUGCCACGCUGGCCGAGCGCUUCCACCGUUUCAUUGCCAAGAAGUACUUCGUAUUCCGCAGGAGGUGAGAAAAGCCUUCUCUUUCCGCACAACGUCUGCCCAUCCCUGCCAUUUCUUGCUGGCUUAACCUGGUCCACUUUCUGGCUUUGGCAGCUGGAUGAUGCUGUGAGCACCCUGUAGUCUGGCUGCCAGGGUGACUGAGUCCAUUUAUUUACUUCAUGUUUUUGAUAGCCUGCCUUUCUUCCAAGGUGGGAUUCAAGGUAGUCUCCAGCGUUUAAAAAUUUUGUUAUAAAAUACAAAGUAAUAAAAGAAAACUAGUUAAAACCAAAAGUUAAAAGGCAUCAGAACACAUUUAGAGCCAGCAGUUAAAAUAUACAGUGGACGCUCGGGUUGCAAAUGUGAUCCGUGCGGGAUGCACGUUCACAACCCGCAGCGGUGUGUCUGCGCACACAUGGGUUGUGAUUCAGCACUUCUGCGCAUGCGCGACUGCCGAAACCCGGAAGUAACCCAUUCCAGUACUUCCGGGUUUCGGCGGUCCGCAAGCCGAAAAAACGCAACCUGAAGCAUCUGUAACCCAAGGUAUGACUGUAGUCUGCCCUGACAGCAGCCAGUGAUCAGCAUUGUCUGCCCCUUGGUUUUUAAAAAAGGCCUCUCUAAACAGGAAGGUCUUAGCCUGCUGGUGGAAGGAUAACAAAGAGGGAGCUAGCCUCUCUUGGGAGGGAAUUCCACGGUCUGGGAGCAGCCACAGAAAAGGCUCUCUCUCUUGUCGCCUCCCAGCUGUGCCUCUCCUGUUGAUGGGACUAAAAGAAGGUGAGCUCACCCAGGCAGGUUCAUAUUGAGAGAUAGGAUAUUUUGAGUAAUCUGGUCCCAAGUCAUGUAGGGCAUAACCAGCACUUUGAAUGAAUGAAUGAAUUUAUUAAUACGGUCACAGACCAGCGUCAACACACACAAUAUCACAAAUCAUUUAAAAAAAGAAAAAAAGAAAAAAUAUCAGAAAUGCAGAGGACAAUAUGAAUAUAACAAGGAUUUAAAUAUAAAAAUUAAAAUUAAUUUUUAGCGUGCCCCCUGUAAUUAACAUUUAGGGGUUUGGUCAUUAUGGGAUACCACUUGCUUCCUGCGAUUAAUUGCAGACGCACAGAAUUUGGCUACAUUUAAUGUAGUCUUGGGAUUCUUGUCCUCUAGCAGUAGUUUUAAACUAUGGUGUUCCGAUUCUUUCCUGGACUUUUGCAAAACAGGUGUAAUAAAAGUCAAACGUAUAUCCUCGUAAAGACGACAACGUAAUAGUACAUGUGAAGCCGUUUCAACUUCCAACGAGCCACAAGGGCAGACCCGUGCUGUGUAUGGUUUACCCUCAAAUCUGCCCCGAAGUAAGGCAGAAGGGAGAACGUUGAACCUGGCGAGGGUAAAAGACCGUCUGUAUUUGGGUACCUGAAGACCUGACAGAUAGUUAGCUGGAGAGAAACCUCUCCCAUGCUCCCAUGGAAUUGUGAUUGGAAAUGGACUGGUAGUUGGCAAAAUUGUUUUAACAAGGGAGCAACAUUCAAAGGGUCGUUUGUUUUUCUGGGGGUUCCUCUUCACAGUGCCAGUUUGUCUUAAUGUUUUAGAAAAGGCCCUUCCCUAGGCACACAGUCUAUGGUGGUGAAAAUGCACAGCUGGGGAACUAAAUCCUGACCUCCCCUGCAGGCCAACUUCAGGCUGUGGGUGGGGCCACCCACCUGUCCGUCACCAAAUGUGAUGGCAGCAAGAGAACAACCUCAAGGGGGUUCUGCUCUCUCGGCGCCCGUCACCUGGCCUGCACUGAGAGCAGUCUCACUGGCCGAACCAAAUGGGGAAUGCUCUAGGGCAGAGCUUUCCAAACUUUUCAGGAUGGUGACCCACUUUUUAGACAUGCAUCACUUUGCGACACGGUAGUUCAGUUUUAGUAGGAAACCGGAGGCUAAACUAAGAGCAUUUGCUCGACACACCUGCACAUUGUAGCUAACGUGUCAUGGCACACAGUUUGGAAAACUCUGCUCCGGGGCCACAAUGUCAUAUGCUGAUAAUCAUAAAACAAAACAGCAACAACAAAACCCUCAAAACAGUUUACAAAACGGAUAAAACAAUAAUUAUAAUUACCAGCAAAAAUUAAUAAAAAUUAAAGACUUUCAAAACGUUAAAAUAAUAAUAUAUUAAAGUAUAUUAAAACACACAUCACCUUUCUAAACUUCAGCAUAGGCUUGUCUAAACAAAAAUGUUUUUAGCAGGUGCUGAAAAGAUUACAGUGAAGAUGCCUGCCUGGUAUCAAUAGGGAGGGAGUUCCAGAGUGCAAGUGUUAGAAUAUUGAGUUCUAACCAGUGUGGAAGGGGUCUUAUGUGGCACCUGUAACAGGGUCAGUUCCAUUGAUCUAAGCGGUUGACUGGGCAUAUACGGGGUGAGACGAUCUCACAGGUAAACUUGUCCCUUGUUCUAAAGGGCUUUAUAUACUAAUAGUAACACCCUGAACUUUGGCAACUAAUGUAGAUAUUUGAGCAGAGGUCUUAUAUGCUGACAGGGUUUUAUCCCUAUCAGCAACCACGCUGCAGCAUUCUGCACUAACAAAAGCUUCUGGAUUAAGUGCAAGGAAAGCCCCACAUAGAGAGCAUUGCAGUAGCCUGCUCUUGAAGAAGCCAUAUGUGGUGCAUGCGGACAUUAAACUGAUGAGGUGAGUUCUUUCUGUUUCUCUGCCUUCUCAGCCUCCUGAUGACCUGGAUUUCUCUGCGGAACUUGUUGUUGGGCCGCCCGCCCCUGGAGCAGCUGGCGCAGGAGGUGGCCUAUGCCAACAUGCAACACGAGGAGGUCCGGACACCCAGCAGUCCAGACACCAUGCCAAAACAGCCAGGGCGUUCUGAACUCUGAGCAGCAGCCGUCGCUACCUCAGGUGCCAGCAGCAGCAGCAGGGAGGCUCUUGCAAUGGGGCCAAAGGAUGGGAAACUGGGGGAACAAUCUGAGCGUUCAAAAGAGCCACUUGCUGGACUUCGUGGCUUGCCCUCUCUCCCUUUUCUGGACUUCUGCUCUUCAGCCAAGGCUCUUGUACUGGCUUGCUGAGAUCCACUGCCUCCUGCCCACCUCCACUGGCCUCUGCCGUCUGGAGACUGGUGUAUUAAGGGGCAGUGCCCCACCAGUGCCCUCCUCCUCAGUCUCACUGUUGCCUGUUGUAGAUUCAGAAUGGAGGAAGAUGAUGGGGACAAAACCAGCAUUAGUGACAGAGAUUUUCACUGUCCUUUUAAAAACACCCAGAGGUAGCUGCUCUCUUGGUCCAGAAGAGAAAAAACUCCCGUAUCCACAAACUGGGCAGUGCAUUUGCAGGACCAGUGAAAAUGCUGCAAAAGAGUGAGCAGGUUUUCGAGGUUUCUAGAGCUGUUCAUGAACCUGAAUGUUAAGCCAAACUGUGAAUGUUGGGAGUUUUCCCAGCAUUACUACCUGAGAUUAUUUUUCAGCUAAUGUUGGUUGAAGUUGAAGGGCGGGGGGGUUGCCAGGCAGUGGGUUGGCUGGGCCUGAUGGGAGAUGUAGUCCAAAAUAUCUGGAAGGGUAUUAGGUUGGGGAUGGCUGCUCUACCACUUGAGCUCUGGACACACAGAGUUGCAAUUUCACACAAUUGGAAAGGAACUGGAAACCUUCACUGCCGUCUGGGUAUCUAUUACAGACGGGCUUACAGUAGGAGUCCUCAGGUCUGUCUAAGAGCCUUAUAAUUAAGUCUAGAAAAGAGAAGGUUGUGGCGAGCUCCAGUGUGACCAAGACAAAAAGUGUUCAAUUUCUAUUAAAAAUUAAAUUUUAUGAACACGUGUGUGUCAUUGAUUGUCUUCACUGCCAGAGUUCUUCACUCACCCUCUUGAGGGGUGGUUUGACAGGGCUGUAGGCAAAAUUGCCACUCUGGGUCUUUGUGGCAUCCGGAUGGGUGGCUUGGCUCGUGGCUGCCAUCCCUGUGUAUACUCUGACUCCAUGUGUGGUUCCUACUAGUGGCUUAUACCUCUCCUGUUGUGCGUGGUAGGUGUCUGUGCUGUGUGCAUCCCAUGGCAAUAGUUGCUUCAUAGUACUUGAAUUCAGGACCACCCAGUGAAAUUGGACUUGGAACAGAAGGGAGGAAGGACUUCUUCAAACAUUGUCUUAACUGAACUCCUAACCAUGUCCAUUCAGAAGUAAGUCUGUUGAAUUUAAGGAGCUUCCACUCAGGUAAGGGGUUAGGAUUCCCACUAUGGGAACUGAGUGUCACGUUAUGAGAUGACUAUUGGCUUAGAUGGCCUUCAAGGGGGAUUGGACAAAUUUAUACCACCUGUAACUCUCCACCAUUUGUGUGCUGGGUUGGAUGUUGAAAUGAAGCUAAAUGGUAACCUAUGUGAGAAUGGAAUGCUGAUUUUAAGAAACAGGUGCAUAUUUCUGGAAGCAAAGACUGUCAAAGGGGAGAAUAAUAAAACCCAAGAUGGUGAAAACACUGCUGAACACUGCUGAGCGAAAAUUACUAGAUGAACAGCUGAUAGAUUUAAGAGCUGUGUGAAAUGUUAAAGGAGGUUAGAUCAGAGAAAUAUGAGACUAAAGAAUGCACGGGACCUGUGGGAAAGGUGUUGAUCCAGAACUGCCUGAAAAUGAAAAGGUAAAGGCAAAAUGGACGACAGCAGACGUUGGAAUGGAAUGGACAUCCACACAGCUGUCUGGAGGACUGGAUCAGACAAAGAAUGCUGUUGUGCCUCUGGGAGAAGUGAAUGGAAUUAUGAACAAAAGCAACUGGAGAUGACAGAGGCUGAGAGAGAAAGAAAAAGCUCCCAAGAUUUUUGUGCCUGCCUUGGCAAAAGAAUGUGAAAAGGGGGAGGGGGGAGGACUUUUCCUUUUUCCUUUAAACCAGGAUACAGAAUAUGGCCAACAGGAAAUGAGACUGAAAUAUAUAAUUGUUACAUACAUAAUUGGCAGACACAGAAUUAGAAGCCCUUCAGUACUUGUUCUAUCUUUUCUAUGAUUUUCUAUUUUCAUUAACUCUAGAUUUACAUUUUGUUUUGUAAUUUGAAGUUCUCUGUCUUGGCUAAAGGAAGAUACAGGGAGGUGAUGGACCGAGAAUGAAGGGCCUUGCAUGAAGGGCAGAGGAGAGAGGGUCUCCCAGGGUGGGAGGCCGGGGGAAGAGGGGGAAGCUCCCAGGAGAGAACUGAGAGGCUCACUCUUCUGUGUGCAAAAUAAGGGUAAAGAUUUAAUUUUGAUAAAAGGAUUUGUAAUUUCCUUUUGUUCAUCUCUUCUGUCUCUUCUUUAUUUCUUUCCUUUAUUCCUUUUUCUAUUUUUCUUUUCUAGAUUAGUGUG